UCAUCUCUGACCAGCUGCUAUUUCUGACAGGUUUAUAACUAUUAUUUUAUAGUUUAUAAAAACUGCGUCAUUCAAUAUGCUUGCCUGCUGUCUGAGAGGCUGUAGGAGGAGCUGCAGCCGGACAGAGCUGACUCAAUCCGCCCAAUAGGCUGAGGAGAGAGGAGAGGAGGAGGACCAGAAUCACAAUCACAGAAGUUCCCUUCUGAAACGAUCGGUUGAUAUUUAGUUUGUUUUUUUGUACAAGAAAGUCGUUUAUUACAGUAACAAAUGGGGAACCGGGUCGCCCGUGAGGACUAUGAGUGGGUGUACACAGACCAGCCGCACGCCGACAGGAGGAAAGAGAUCCUGGCCAAGUACCCAGAAAUCAAGUCAUUGAUGGGUCCUGACCCGAGGCUGAAAUGGAUUGUUUGCAUGAUGGUGGUGAUACAGUUUCUAGCUUUCUACUUGGUCAAAGACUUGGACUGGAAGUGGGUUUUGUUUUGGACUUACGCCUUUGGCAGCUGUAUCAACCACUCAAUGACGCUCGCUAUUCACGAGAUCUCCCACAACACGGCCUUCGGAAACAAUAAGGCCAUGUGGAACCGCUACUUUGCCAUGUUUGCCAACCUACCCAUCGGCCUGCCUUACUCCGCCUCCUUCAAACGCUACCACCUGGACCACCACCGCUACCUGGGUGGAGACGGGGUGGACGUAGACAUCCCCACUGACUUUGAGGGCUGGUUCUUCUGCACACCCUUCCGCAAAUUCAUCUGGAUUAUUCUGCAGCCGCUGUUCUACGCCAUCCGGCCCCUCUGCAUCAACCCCAAACCCAUCACUCAGCUGGAGGUGACCAACGUGGCCGUGCAGCUCACCUUCAACGUCCUGCUCUACUGGCUGUGGGGGGGCAAACCUGUGGUCUACAUGAUGGCUGGGUCCUUGCUGGGGAUGGGCUUGCACCCCAUCUCUGGACACUUCAUAGCCGAGCACUACAUGUUCCUCAAGGGCCACGAGACCUACUCCUACUACGGCUCCCUCAACCUGCUCACCUUCAACGUGGGCUACCACAACGAGCACCACGACUUUCCCAGCAUCCCCGGCUGCAGGCUGCCCAUGGUGAAGAAAAUCGCAGCAGAGUAUUAUGACGACCUUCCUCAGUACUCAUCGUGGGUGAAGGUGCUGUAUGACUUCAUCAUGGAGGAAACCCUGAGCCCUUACUCCAGAGUCAAGAGGAAGCUGAAGGGGGACGUCAAACAGGAGUAACUUCACUGGAAGCUUCUGGAAUUAAACUGCACUGUCUCACCAUCCCAUAAACUUAGUAGCUUUUACAUAUUAAUACAUACAGCUUAGAAAAGGAGGGUUGACACUUAGAAACCGCCUUUUUCUCUACAGUUUGUUAUUUUGUCAGACAAAAACAACAUUGUUUGUUCAAAUGUGACUGAAAAUCUAGGAGUGUGUUUAGAGUCAGUACAUAGGGCUGGUUGCACAAAGUCUUUCAUGUAGAAUUGUAAUAACUCAUUUUUCCAAGGCAUCGGUUUCAAAGUACCACAAAAUGCUACUGUUGUAGAUGUUCUGAAACUCUAGCUGGUGUGCUAAUGUGCACUGAAUGCUCUGGGAAUACCUCAAAGUGUGGUGCCACACUGUUUAGUCAUGAGGAACCAAAGUUGUCCAUACAACAACAGACUGCUCUGCCUCCAGUUGAUAUUUAACCAAACAUUCAAAUUAUGCAGUUUCCCUCUACUUGUAUAUUAGAUCCUGAAUAAGUCAGUACUUCAUUCAUGUUUAAAGGUUAGCAUUUAGCUAGUAAGAGCGAAACAAAACAACAUGUCUUUGUGCAAUCAGCCCCAGAAAUAAGCCAAACACAGCAAACUGCCCAAACAGUUUGCAAACCAUAUCGAAGCUGUCCAUUUCUACGGUCAGAGGUCAGCAGCAUAAAAGCAGCUAUGCUAUUGGUUGACAUCUUCAUUUCGCGAUUGGACCAAAGUUGCCUGAGUGAAUCCACUCAUCAUUAAUAUCCCUCCAUAUGAAAUGCGUUGGUUGCAUAAUAUGUGAUAGAAUAUGAAUUCAGUCUCGCUUGGUUUCUUUUAAUAUUUUAAAUGCAUUAGGAAACCUUUUGUGCCCUGUGACACUUUUUAAAACUGCUCUUUAACAUGCAACCCCUAAAUGUUAACACAACAUUGUGCAACCUGCUGUCCACACACAGUGACUGAGAAAAGGUGCUGUUGUAUGGGAGAUGAGCAUGUGUUACUCAUCAGUGCCUCACAGCUUUUAUUUCAAUUUGUGGUCUUAAAUUUCAAUUUUUACUAUGUAUUCAUUUUGAUGAAGAAUCUGCCAAGAAUAGUUUUUAAUGUUAAAAUCAAUGCCUGUACAGCUGAGGCCCUGUCCUGUGUUUUUAUCAAGAAACCAAGAACACAUUAAUUAUGGUUGCUAUUCAAUUGGCAGAUUCCAACAUUUUCCAUAUAAUAUAUUGUUACUCUAAAGCCAAUAAAAGAAUGAAUGAAAAAAA